AUUUAUAGUUCUGAAUACACGUUUAUUGAGCCAUGGCUAAAAUAAAAACCCAAUUUAUUGGUUCAAUUUGUAUUGUAUCAGGUGUGUCAUGUAUUCUUUCGUUAUUAGGACUCACAACAAAUAAUUGGCUUGAUGCAACUGCAGUUUUCACAGAACGUUUGCAAAGUCGCGUCAACUACGGGCUCUUCUCAGGUACUCUAUUGCGCCAACAACUGGCAGCAACUCUUCAAUUUAAUUUAGCCAUUGUUUGCAAUUUUAAGGAGGGUGUAUGCAUGUAUAGUUGUCAAAGAGAACAAUUGCAACGAGAACGUGAACUAAACAAAAUUUUAAAUGGUACUUUUGGGUUAGAACCGUGCGAACAAGCUAUUUCUAAAAGACUCUAUAGUGAAAAUAAAAACAAUAACAUUUACCAAAACAAUGUUACAUUUUCCGUGAGUAAGAGGAACACUGACAUGAGGUCACAUUUCAUACCAGUCGGAUUUUGGAUAAGUACUCUAAUAUUUACUGUCCUGACAAAUGUUUUUACUUUAAGCUCGUUUGUUUUUGCUUUAAUUAAUUUUUACACAAAUCCUAUAGAACAAAUUUAUAACAUAUUUGGGUUAUAUAUAUGGAAUGGAUCAGCUAUAGUUUUUUCACUAUUAACAUUAUCAACUUGGAGCGCAUUAUUUAACGUUUAUCUCAAAAAUAACAUAUCCAUCACAGACACCAUGCGGCUGGAAUUAACAUUUUCAUCGGAAAAUCAUGCAAAUUUGAAUUAUUCAUUUUACAUAUUACUGGCGGUAUUUAGUUUAAAUGUAAUUAACAUUAUAUUACUAAACGUCAGUCGAUAUUUAAUGCAAAAAGCGUGUCAUAUAAGUACGAUAAAUUUGGAACAAACCGAUGCUCCACUACAAUUUUAUUAAACAUAAUAU